CGAGGAGCCGCUUCCGCGCCGGUAGGGAUCAGGACCAGAUGAGCAGAGGGAGGUUUCUGUGAAGAUCAGAGUCGCCCCAGCCCUGCCCCGGGAAGUGGCCCAGCAGCGCUGCAUCUCUGGCUGUCAUCGCUACAGAUCUGGAAAAGAAAGAAGAAGAGAAGAAAAAUGUCCCAUGCUUUAAAGCAAGUGUUCAAUAAAGACAAAACCUUCCGGCCCAAGCGCAAGUUUGAGCCAGGGACUCAGCGGUUUGAGCUGCACAAGAAGGCUCAAGCCUCGCUCAACGCUGGCCUGGACUUGAAAGUCGCCGUCCAGCUGCCGCCGGGAGAGGAGCAGAACGACUGGGUGGCCGUGCACGUGGUGGACUUCUUCAACCGCAUCAACCUGAUCUACGGCACCAUCAGUGACUAUUGCACAGAGCAGUCCUGUCCCGUCAUGUCGGGGGGACCCAAGUAUGAGUACCGAUGGCAGGAUGAGCACAAGUACCGAAAACCCACGGCCCUGUCUGCUCCCCAGUACAUGAACCUCCUGAUGGACUGGAUUGAGGUACAGAUCAACAAUGAGGACAUCUUUCCCACUAAUGUUGGUACUCCCUUCCCCAAGAACUUCCUCCCGGUGGUGAAGAAGAUUCUCUCCAGGCUUUUCCGGGUCUUUGUCCACGUCUACAUCCACCAUUUCGACAGGAUCACCCAGAUGGGGUCGGAAGCCCACGUGAACACCUGCUACAAGCACUUUUACUACUUUGUGAAAGAGUUCAAUCUCAUAGACACCAAGGAGCUGGAACCACUGAAGGAAAUGACCUCCCGGAUGUGCCACUGAGAUCAGACCUUCCUGCUCCCACCUCGGCGUCUCUUCCGAGGACUCCGAGUCCCACUCCUGCAUUGGAGACAUGAUUCAAGGGGAGAACAGAGACGUUUUGUUAAAGAAAUCUAUAUAUUUUUAAUGAGUUUCAAUGUAAAACUGUGAUAUUGCAGGAAUAUUUUUUUAAAGAUGCUCUAGAUAAACUAGUUUUUUAUAGUAAUUUCUAUAAAAAAAAGAAAAUAUUUUGGGCUACUUGGUGGAAAUGCUCGCGCUUUGAGGAGGGAAGAGCCACCCUGUACGGUCUCUUCCCUGUCCCCUCACUGCAGCGGCACCAAACGAGCUGAGCCAGACGCUUCAGAUAGAGCCAUGUCGUGUAGCUGGUGCUGCCAUGGAAGCGGUACUUCCCUCGGAACACCCAUUUCCCACCCGUGAAGGGAGGUUAGGUGGGGAUUGGGCAAGAAAUGCUGGUGUACGUGGAUCCCCUGGGGUGCUGUUUGGUUCCAGCACCUCUUCCACUGGCUGCGAGUCCAGUUUUUGGACAGAGCUGCUUUUGUGCUCACCUUCUACUUGGCACCCUGUCCCCAAGGCUUGGCCCUCCUUGCUUCCCCUCCAAAAAAAGUUGGACUUGGGUGUUUUUCAUGGCUAGACCAGUGCUGCCGCUGCUGAUGGAGUCUGUGCUGGAGCGCUGCUGUUGUGAAUCUGCUCUUGCGUCUUACGCCAGCUCUCAGCUGAGCUUCUCCCCGUGCACAGCCCAGCUGCAGCUCUGGGUGCGCUGUGGAUGGGGAUCCGCCCCGGCAGCAUUAGGCCAAGCAGACCUGUGCCUCGUGGGAAUGAGCAGAGGGAAGGCGCUGGGGAAGGCGUGGGGAAGUCUUUAACACCUGCACUUCCCCAUCUCCCUGUGGUACGCUGACCCGGCUGAGAAGGAACUGGGCUGUUUGCCCUCCGGCCUCACUUACUGGCUGUGCGUGGACCAUUUUCUGCUUCCCAUUAGGGUACGGAGCCUUCUCCCUCUCCCCGAGCAGCACGUCCCCGCUCAGCUGCACACAUCUCAUAACCAAAGUCUCUGGCAUGCAGCCAGAGACUGCUAGCCUUGCCUGCCGCUUGCACAAGCAACUCCGCUGCGUGACGAGAGCUUUGCAGUGCCCCCAAGGUAGGUAGAAAGGUCUACCUAGGAUUUGGGGGGAGUGGGCGAGCAGGGUUUACAGUAAGAGAAAAGGUUUUUAUGAACAGUGACCAAACUGUACCGCUAACCACUUCUUCCUUACAAAGUUUUUCUGUGUCCUGGAAUCUCUGUGCAUACGUGACUCUCGUUUCUUGUACUAUCGUUAGGACACUCGUACAAAUACCACUAUAGU